AUGACCAGCAGGGGCUCCACUAUCCAGGACCAGUUGGCGGGGGCUGGCGAGCUUGAACUGCUCACGUGGUUACACAGCCAUAGAGAAGGAAAGUGGUCCAAGAACACCAUGAACGAGGCAGCAGGCCACGGUCACCUUGAUGUGGUCAAAUUUCUGCACGAAUAUCGUCGUGAAGGUUGCACCAAGCAAGCAAUGAACAUUGCAGCAGGCAACAACCACCUGGAUGUCGUCAAAUGGCUGCACGCUAACAGGCAAGAAGGGUGCUCAGUGUUAGCGAUGACUAAUGCCGCUGCUGGAGGGCAUCUUGAAAUGGUGCAGUGGCUUCACACGCACCGCCACGAGGGUUGCACGCCUGCAGCCAUGUCCGAAGCGGCCUCUGGGGGCCACGUGCGCGUGAUGGAGUUUCUGGCCGCGAGUUUUUCAAUGAAAUGGCCAAGGACGGCAAUGCAGCAUGCGAUCGAGAACAAGAAGAUUGACAACAUCGGAGCGCUCGAGUUCAUUCGCGCGCAAGCGCCUGAAUGCAUCACGAAGACGGAGGACUACUUCGGCAACCCCCGCAAGCGCGAGACACCGAGUUAA